CCUCGCCCAUUAGUUGGCGAGGCAGCAGAAACACGGGACUGUGUGCUUCAAUUCCACGGGUUCUGCAGUCGAGUUUCGCCCAGAUCGCCUUUCCUCUACAGCCGAAAAUGCGCGUUCGUUUGACUGAUUCUCUAGGUAUUUGAGCGGAGUGGGACACGGCGGCGCACUGGCUGGGCUACACUCUGGACAUCUCUACAGACCUCAAAUGAAACCAAAUGUGAUUCUAGGUCACAAAUAAAAGGACUACCUGACCAGGGACAUCUUGUAUUACCGAAUCGAUCGCUUUUUUUGACCCUCAGCCCAAUGAGCCUGGAGAACGCGGCGCGCUACCACCCCGGCGCACUAGGGGGCGACAUGGAGCAGAAGGCCGGGAAGCUCAACCUGGGGUUCCAGCGCAGCUCCACCUCCGACGACGACUCGGGCUGCGCGCUGGAGGAGUACGCCUGGGUCCCCCCCGCACUGCGGCCUGAACAGGUCCAGCUGUACUUCUCGUCUCUCCCGGAGGAUAAGGUUCCCUACGUUAACAGUCCUGGGGAGAAAUUCAGAAUAAAACAGCUCCUGUACCAGCUCCCGCCGCACGAUAACGAGGUGCGGUACUGCCAGGCUCUGUCGGAGGAGGAGCAGAAGGAGCUGCAGAUGUUCAGUGUUCAGAGGAAGAAGGAGGCGCUGGGCCGGGGGAGCAUCAAACUGCUGCCCAGAGCGCUGAUGCACACCAUCUGUGAACACUGCGGGGAGAACAUCGGCGGCGGGGAGAUGGCGGUAUUUGCCUCACGGGCGGGGCCGGCGCUGUGCUGGCACCCAGCAUGCUUUGCGUGCUCCACGUGCGGCGAGCUCCUGGUGGACCUGAUCUACUUCUACCAGGACGGCAAGGUCCACUGCGGCCGGCACCACGCCCAGCUGCUGAAGCCCCGCUGCUCUGCCUGCGACGAGAUCAUCUUUGCGGACGAGUGCACGGAGGCGGAGGGGCGGCACUGGCACAUGAAGCACUUCUGCUGCUUCGAGUGCGAGACGGUGCUGGGGGGCCAGCGCUACAUCAUGAAGGACGGGCGGCCCUUCUGCUGCGGCUGCUUCGAGUCUCUGUACGCAGAGUACUGCGAGGCCUGCGGGGAGCACAUCGGAGUAGACCACGCCCAGAUGACGUACGACGGGCUCCACUGGCACGCCACCGAGUCGUGCUUCAGCUGCGCGCAGUGCCGCGAGUCCCUGCUGGGCUGCCCCUUCCUGCCCCGGCAGGGCCGCAUCUACUGCUCCAAGGCCUGCAGCCUGGGCGAGGACGUGCAGGCGUCCGACUCGUCCGACUCCGCCUUCCAGUCGGCGCGGUCCCGCGAGUCGCGCCGCAGCGUGCGCCUGGGGAAGAGCAGCCGCUCCGCCGACCAGUGCCGCCAGUCCCUGCUGUUCUCCCCGGCCGCCAACUACGCCAAGCCGCCCGCCGCCUUCUCCGGGGGCGUCAGCGGCAACGCCGCGGGCGGGGGGGCCGACGAGGCGCUCUCCCGCAAGAUGGCGCACCUGAGCUUCGGCGGCGCGGCCGACAACCAGGAGGAGCACCGCUUCUGGAAGGGCCGCGAGGAAGAGGAGGAGGAGCAGGAGGAAGAGGAGGCGCCGGCCGAGGAAGACCACGAGGAAGAGUGGGCGGAGCACGAGGACUACAUGACGCAGCUGCUGCUGAAGUUCGGCGACGGCGGCGGAGCCUUCCGGAAGGUCGAGGAGACGGUGGAGGCGGGGCCCGCCGAGCUCUGGAUGACGUCGUCGUCGGAGGGCGGGGUCAAGGCCAAGGCGGGACCAAUCACGAGCGGUCACCGCGGGCAACAGGGCCUGGCCAGCAAGCGGUACCAGACAGACGCGUACUGGGCCCAAUCGCAGGACGGCCUGGGAGACUCGGCCUACGGGAGCCAUCCGGGCCCCGCCAGCAGCCGCAAGAUCCAGGACCUGGAGCUGGACCACGGCCCGGCCGGCCUCCAGCCGCAGCAGUGGUACCACGACUCCCUCGAGUGCAUCACCGACGAGCUCAAGCAGCCCGACCAGAGCAUCCGAGACUCCAUGGACUCGCUGGCACUGUCCAACAUCACCGGAGCGUCGGUGGAUGAGGACGGCAAGGAGCGGUCGCUGCUGUACCUGCAGAACCUGGCCGAGCUGGAGGCAGAGGACAUGGAGAAGGUCAGCAACAUGGGAACGCUCAACUCCUCCAUGCUCCACAGGAGCACCAACUCCCUGAAGAGCCUGACCUCCGAGCUGGAGCAGGAGGAAGAGCCAGAGGAGGAGGAAGAGGAGGAGGUGGAGCCUCUCCCUGAGGAGAAGGUGUGCCCUCCUCACGCUCCGGUCCUCCGGAGGACCCGCUCGCAGUCGCGGCCCCAGCAGGUCAAGUUCUCCGACGACGUCGUGGACAACAGUCGCUACGACGAGCUGGAGGUGCGGCAGCCGCCCAUGAGCGAGCGCACGCGCCGGAGGGUGUACCGCUUCGACGAGCCCGACCCGCGCCUGGACCGGCACCAGAGACACCACCACCACCACCACCGGCGCCGGAGGAGCAGGAAGUCCCGCUCGGACAACGCCCUGCACCUGGCGCCCAAGGAGCGCGCCCACUCCUACUUCAGGGGCGAGUUCGACAGGGACCGGCCGGAGCCCUCCAAAGCCCGCCUGCCCCACGACCUCCGACCCCCCGCCUUCCUGGCCAAUCAGGAGCUGUACGGGCGGCGCUACCACUCCCACGCCACCUCGGACUACGCGCUCCAGAACCCGGCCGCCGAGCGCUUCCCGGGGUUCUACGACGAGGACGACUGGUGCUCCACCUGCUCUUCAUCCUCCUCUUCCUCGGAGGAUGAGGAAGACGGGUUCUUCCUGGGCCAGCCCAUCCCCCAGCCCCGCCCGCAGCAGAGGUUCCACUACUACACCGACGACCUCCCGACCCCGGUCUCCGCCCUCACCGCCCCCCCCGCCUACGGCCCACGGACUAAAUCCAAGAAGAAGAAGGGACACCGGGGCAAGAACUGCAUCAUCUCAUAGAGCAGCCAAUCACACUCACCCCCCCCAUCGGCACCCCUAUAUCCACUUUCGCCACAUUUGACGUUGGCUUGACUGAACAGAACACAUAUGUGCUUUUAGCCUUUUCGACUAUUGCCAACAUGCAAUUUCGACACUUGUCGACCCCCAAGAUCUGACACGCGGUGUUUAUUGGCGGGAGAGACGUUGUUCCCUGCGUGUGACAUGCGUGUGACAUGCGUGUUUCCGGACGUGGAUUCGUACCGUCGUCCUGGACAGACGAACAAACAAACGGUCACUUCUAAACAACCUGACAUUUGCCAAAUGAAUGUGUGCCAGUUUAUCCACUUUCAUAACCCAAUACAAUAUCCUAGUUACAAUAAUAUCAGUGUUGUGUGCAUUUAAUAGCAACUGCUUUAUUUCCAGAAAGAAGAAAAAAAAAAUAUUUAUAAAAGUAGCAUUUAGAGACUAAUGGAAAAGUUAUUUAACAGUGCAAAUAUUAAAUGUAUAUAUUGUAAAGUUCAGAUUAUUAAAAAAAACUUGAUAUUUUUAUAUCCCUGAGUUUCAAAAGUUUUUUUGUUUUGUUUUGUUUUGUUUCUGAUGUAAAAGGAAUCACAUGGAGAGACAGUGAUCACACUCCAGCUCAGAAAGACCUACUUUUGUUAAUCAGGGUUUUAAAAAUAAAAAAGGUGACAAGCUUUGGGGGAUUUUAUGAGUAUGAUGAACUCUGACCCUUAAUAUCUCCAGUUAUGUGCUUUUAUUGCUGUUAAAUCCAAAGGACCAGACCCCCUCCCUGCAUAAAGCACGGCUCAGUUUUUGGUUGCAAGAUGUUUUUAUUUAUGGGGUCACACUUAUAUUGUAAACAGAUCACUGUAGUCUGUAUAAAUGUAAAGAAUAAAAAACUGGAACAUAUGGCUAUGGAUGAAAAUAAAAAUUGUGUUACUUAA